GCCGCGAAGGCCAGGCGGCGAGCGCCGGGGCCCCGAGGCCUGCGCCUCGUCAGCGCACCCACAUGGCCUCCGGAGUGGGCGCGGCCUUCGAGGAGCUGCCGCACGACGGCACGUGUGACCAGUGCGAGCCCGACGAGGCUCCCGGGGCCGAGGAAGUGUGCCGGGAGUGCGGCUUCUGCUACUGCCGCCGCCACGCCGAGGGCCACAGGCAGAAGUUCCCCGGGCACCACCUGGCCGAGUACGUCCACGGCGCAGGCCAGGCCUGGCCCUCCCUAGGCCUGGGGGAAGGCGAGGGCAAGGAAGGCGCGGAGGCCAAGGUGGAGGAGGAGAGAGACCUGGAGAGCGAGGCGGGGGAGGAGAGCGAGGCCGAGGAAGACCGCGAGUCCGAAGUGGAGAGCGAGACGGAGGAGGAGAGCGACGAGGAGAGCGAAGAGGACAGUGAGGAGGAAAUGGAGGAUGACCAAGAGAGCGAGGCGGAGGAGGACAACCACGAAGAUGGAGAAUCCGAGGCGGAGGGAGAAACUGAGGCAGAAAGUGAAUUUGACCCAGAAAUAGAAAUGGAAGCAGAGAGAGUGGCCCAGAGGAAGUGUCCGGACCAUGGACUCGAUUUGAGCACCUAUUGCCAGGAAGAUAAGCAGCUCAUCUGUGUCCUCUGUCCAGUCAUUGGGGCUCACCAGGGCCACCAACUCUCCACCCUAGACGAAGCCUUCGAAGAACUAAGAAGCAAAGACUCGGGCGGAUUAAAGGCGGCUAUGAUAGAGUUGGUGGAAAGGUUAAAGUUCAAGAGCUCAGACCCUAAAGUAACUCGGGACCAGAUGAAGGUGUUUAUACAGCAGGAAUUUAAGAAAGUUCAAAAAGUGAUUGCUGAUGAGGAGCAGAAGGCCCUUCAUCUAGUGGACAUCCAGGAAGCAAUGGCCACAGCUCAUGUGACUGAGAUACUGGCAGAUAUCCAGUCCCACAUGGACAGGUUGAUGACUCAGAUGGCCCAAGCCAAGGAACAACUUGAUACCUCUAAUGAAUCAGCUGAGCCAAAGGCAGAGGGUGAUGAGGAAGGACCCAGUGGUGCCAGUGAGGAAGAGGACACGUGAAGGCUCGCCACCCCCAGUGGAAACCAUUCCUCCCACUUGUGUGUAUGUGACAGCGUGUAUGUAAUGGCUUCUGAUUCCUGUGAAAGCUGCCCGGCAACAAAUGUCCUUCCAUCGAAUACGUCCCCAGAUCCACAGCAGGCACACGUCUCUCCAGGGGAUGACCAGUUUCAUGCUUGCUGACUGUGUACUUCUCAUUCUUUUGUUGUGGUAGGUCAAGGAAAAGUGCCCCUUUGAUCAGCCAGGAGCAAUUAAGAAGGGUCCUUCAGGUAACCCCUCAAUGGCUGCUUAGAACUUACUCAGGAAAGCCAGCCCCUGUACCCAAACAUACCUCCUCAUUAGGAAGGAUCUGUAAUAAUCUUGAAGGGCAGUCGGAAUAUUUUUCCCUACCUGCCAGUGAAACCCCCACUUUAUCCAUACUGAAGCAUGAAAUAAAUGAGGGCAGAGUAGGGAUGAACCUACAUAAAUAGUCUCUAAAAGUCCAGUACAUUUGUGAAAAUGUGGUUUCAUGAAAUAAGAUGGAUGGCUUGAAAACAGGGUUGGAGAAAGAGUUAAAAUUUAGAACUAUAUAAAGAUAUUUUUAGUACAUGAGGUUUAUCCAGGACUUCAGAUUCAUAAUUCAGUGCUGUGGAAAUGAAAAAAAAAAAAAAAAAAUGAUUGAUGACUUAGAAAGGAAGUAACGUUAAAAAAAAAAGAAGAAAAAAAGAGGACCAAAGACCUGAUUAAAAACUGAAAUCGGUAUUUCUGAACUCAAAUUGCCUGAGUUUCCAAAAACAGUCACUAAAGGAUCUGAUGAACCUGAACAAAUGGGUGAAUUCUGAGGUUUUGUGAAUCUUGUUCCAUGAAAGGCUGGGGUGUGUAUUACCAAAUGGGAAUUUUCAAUGCAGGUUUCUGUUCCCCUCCUUCAACUUAGCCUAAUUUGGCUUAAAUGCAGUGUGGGGAGAAUCCUUGUCACUCAUGAUGUGCUGAAUGGAGCUCUGAGCUCUGUCUCUCAGCAGAUACACCCUCCUGUACUCCCGUUGGAGCCCCUCUUCCCAUGGCCCUCCCCAUUAGCUCCCCUCCAGAUCCUCUCCCUGCCAACUCUCCUCUCUAGUAACGUGAGCGGAGACACAUCAUGGUUGGACUCUGCCUUUCCCCAAUCCCAAAUCACAUUUCCUUACAACCAGGUUUUAUGGUCAAAUGAGCAGUAAUGUCCUAGGGAAUACCAAACUGCAGGCUGAGAACCUGCAUCUUCUGAAACAUCAGUUUCACUUCAAUAGUUUGGAAUUGGGAUGACCUUAUUUUUAGAUAAAACAGAUAUAUUAAGAAAUUGAAUGUUCAUACACAUCAUCAUGGUUAAGAUAAAAUGGUAGACUUCACAGGUAAUUCUUAUCUGCAAGUGGGGUACGUGUUCCCUCUCCUCUGCCCUUAGUGGUAUUUUGGUGUUCAUUUCUGAGAAGUACAAUCAGAGCUUUAUCCAAACGUCCUUGGGUUGCUGCUGACUCAAGGCCUAGACUUCUAGUGCCUUUGAGGCAGAGCCAAGGGAGCCUGCCCUGGGGAAAAUCCCUCCCUUCCCCCCUGCCUGCCUGCCCGUGACCCCGCACCUAUCACAGAGCUUCAGGGCCAGCUGACUUUUGUGUGUGCAGUAUGGUUUUGAGGCAGAAACAAUACUUAGUGUAGGAAUCCUAUUUAUAUCAUUGCUCAGUUCUGUGCAUGCUAGUAAAUGAGCAUUCCUUUGAUGCCAGGAAGCCACCAGGCAUAUAUGCUUCUGGGUUAGGGUUAUCCCAGCUCACUAAAUAUGGCAGGGCUUACUUAUAAAUUUGAGAGGAAUUGGGGCUGUUAAGGAAAAAAAGGUAUUUUUCUCUCAAACUAGUAGCCAACAAGUGGCCAAGACGGUUUUGGUGCUUUAACCUGUCUGCCCACAAAGUCCAGAGAUCCAACAUACCACUGAUUACAGCCCCAACCCCAACCAACAAAAUGCCCCUCAAAGAAGAGCCAGUGGUCUCUCCCCAAAUAAGAGUUUAAAACAAGAAGAUUAAGGAAAUUAGGAUUUAGAAGCUUGUGUUGUCUUUUCCAAAUAAUUAUUUUUUAAUCUCUAAAUAGUAGCCUUACUGUAGCAAUGGCCAGAUCAUUGGUCUCUCCAUACCUGGUCAUGUUACUUUAAAUCAGUAUUUGGGAAACCCAAGCAUUUAUGCAGUGGAUAUGAACAGAAAUAUUAAAAUGCAUGCCAACCUGUCUGGAUAAAUUACCAUAUCCCUGUAGACCUCAAGGAAAGCACUUUUGCUUUUACUUAGAAAGGACUUCAGACUUGCUUUAUGGGUUCCUGCUGUCUUCAGCACCUGAUAAAACUUUAAGCAGGGAAGCAUUAAACUCAGUGCAGCAGCUUUUGCCAGGCUCCUGAGUUCCUGCCGGCAGCAUUUGUCAGUGUAAGAGCUAGGAUGCUUCCUGCAGUGGCACCAGCUUCUCCCGAGAGCUGCAGCUGCUGCUCAGUCCAGCAUGAUGAAGCUUCCCUCCCACCAGGUCAGUACAAGUUGUGCUCAAAGUCAUGUUCUGACUGGUGGUAGGCUUUGCAGAAAUCCACUCCUAGGGAGAAGUCAUCAAGGGAGGCAGCUAAUGAGUGUCUUUUGAAUGAACUGGGUCCUAACACCAAUCCCUGGCUGUCUUCCAAAUACUAGGUGUCUGGAGGUCGAGAGGGGGUUUGUGUUUUUAUUUGAUGUCAUUAAAUUCAGGGCAAUUCCAAGAAAUGCUUGGUGCCAUGCAGGGAAAUGAGCUAUACUGGGAAUUAAGAACCAGGCCCUGUACUAGGCCCCCAUUCUCAGGUGUUGAAACUGAGUGGGAGUGCAAGAGUCACUUGCCUUGACUUACACAGCUAGUAAACGUUGCAUCCAGCUUUUGAACCCAGCUCUCUGUAACUCUGGCCCAUGGUACAUCUAAAUACAGAGGGAGAAAAAGGCGGCACAUACCCUCCCUGCAGUCCCACCAUCCCACCUCAUGAAUUCUUUUUCAAAAUUACAUUUCGUGUCUGUGGUUUGGACUCAGAAAUGGCAUCAAAGUAGCCUUAUUCCAUUUAGCAGCUGCGUUAAGUCCACGUUGCUAAUUGAAGCCUGCCCCAGGAGUCUAGGGGAGCCUUUCCUUUCCUGUGCCAUCCUCCAUGAAUAAAGUGUUUCGGGGCCUUCAUAAGUGUAGAACUUCUCAGAAGUAGUAAAGGUGGAGGAUGUCUGCUUUCAAACUUUAUUUGAAAAUGUCUGCUAUUGCAGUGCUGCAGAAAAGGAAAUUUUCAUAUUUUAGUCAACUUAGCCAGUUCUGUGCUUUGCGAAGAUAUGGUCUUUAGAGUCCAGUGAACCUAGACUUUCUUGCUGAUACCUGCUAUGUGUGUGUGCAUAAAUGAUAUGUGUAUAUGUAUGUAUAUACAGGUGCACACACAUACAUGCACACACAGAAUUUAAGAACUAAGGGUAGUUUAAAGCAUCCCCUCAUUUUGCAUACCACUGCAAAGGUGUCUGCCAGCCCUGAUUACAAGUGUCACCAGAUAAUUGGAGCUUAGGGGCUUACCGGAUGCUAACAAGAAGAGCAACUCCUUGGCAGAGGUGGUCAGGUCCUAAAGCGCUGAGCCAAGGUGAGAGCCCUGAAGGAGAUUGCGCUCUAGCCCUACUCCAGGUCAUCUAGUAAUAUGGGAAGUUUGCAUACCCAGUCAUUUGGUGACAUGAGAGCCUGACCACUGUCAGCCUGAGGGCACAGCUGCAGAAUUCACAGCUGAUAGUAGUCGCAGGGCCUAGGACUACUAUCCCUACCCAGAAAAUCCUCUCCCGCCAGCACCUGAAAUUCCACACUCACUUAAUGGCUGUUCAGUACAUACUUUUUGAUAAGAAAAUCAGUUGCAGUGUUUCCUGUGUGCCUAGCACAUCUGGGAUUUUCUGUUUAAAAAACAAAUCUCAUUAUGGAUGGACUCAGGCCAGCCCUCAGAGAAAAAGGUCCAUAGGAGAAACGUCUCAUCUCAUUGCCUUUACCCAGCAGUGUUUCUGAGGCCUCCCACCCCAGCCUAUUCCAAGUGCCAUAAGGUCCAGGCAGUACCUGCCCUCCUGGGCCUGCCAGGUAAAACAGUGUCAUUCAGAACUGAGAACACACCAGAAACAGCAAAACAAACAUCAGAGCAAGAAAAUAGAAAUAAAGAAAUAAUGUAAGUACACUGGUGUAAAAAAUGCCACCGAGCCCAUGCUGGGCUUGAUAUGACCUUGAGGGGACAAUAGAUUUAUACUUAACAGGAGUUAAACCUGACCAGUCUUUCUGCAGUGACAGGCACACUGCAUGGAUGGGGAGAAACGAUGAUCCCAUUGUCCUCUGCCUGUUUUCCUGUGCACAGUCACAUUCCCUCCUCAAUCAUCUUCCCCUUUUACCCUUUACAUUAAACAGGGGAACACUCAAUCUUUCAAGGGAACUACGCAUUUGAGUUAAUGUUUCAGUAUAUCAUCUUCAUGCUGUAAAUUAUUUUGUAAGAGAGAUUUACCGCUAUCCCAUGAUGUUUGGACUCAGCGCCCCUGUGCAUUUGGAAAUCAAUAAACUAUUACUGGAAAUACCA